CUGCGCAUGAGCGGGGACGCGCAGGGAGAGGAGUGGGACUGGGAGCAGCUGUGGCAAAUGUUCCACCAGUCCAGCAAUCUCGAGAAGAAAAGACAAUUUACGGCUGAAGAAAACACUUUGACGCGCUCUCUGGGCGAAAUCGAGUGGGUAGACGCGUGUCGGGUGUCCGCGGUCAACUGCGAAGCGUUAAAAAGUAGCAGAUCGGCGCGGUUUCUGAACUCACUGCAAACAAAAUAACAAGCCCGAAAGACUGACAAUAAAGCCCACAACUGACACCAGCCUGAACCAGGGCCUCGAUACACCAUCAUAUCAUCUACUCGGACAUUCACCCCGCAUCAUUUUACAAAACCCCUGCUUGUUUUUGUGAAACUCGGGAAACAAUGAAGACCUGAACUCAUGUGCUAGCCGCUGAGUGUGUGUGUGUGUGUGUGUGAUAGAGAGAGCUCUUCUCUGUUCUCCAGGAAACUUUCUCCCGUCGCUUUAAAAGCCUGGAAGCAGAAGAAGCUUUAGCAGACUUGGGGAAGAAGCUUAGGCUGUCUUCUUGAUUUCUGCAUGGAGGUGAGGGGCGAGGACCGGGGAUCGGACGGCAGCAGAGGCCCCGACUCGACCCACUUUCCUCUUUACAGCAAACCCGCGCGAGUGCGGGUCCCUGUCCCGGAUCCUGAAAUGAUGAUUUACCCGAGUGCCGGAGGCGAAGAGCUCGCGGGGAGAGCCGCUGCGGCCACCGGCUGCGAGUCUCCCUCAUCGGACGGACCGGGUAGCAGCCGGAUGUCGCCCACUGACGGGCCGACGGUCUUCCCACCUUUACCGCCCCCACCGCCGUCUGGACUCGGGGGGCAGGGGAGUGUGGAUGAAAGCGAUCAACAGGAUGGGCCAGAAUAUGAGGAAGAGGAGGUUGUUUUCCCCCUCUCAGCACCGCCCACCAACCAAUGGUACCAUGGAAUGUUGGACCGAACCAUUGCUGAAGAGCGAUUGCGUCAGGCUCGGACACCGGGCAGUUACCUCAUCAGAGAGAGCGACCGCCGGCCUGGCUCCUUUGUACUGUCCUUUCUCAGCGUGACCAGUGUGGUCAAUCACUUCAGGAUCAUUGCGAUGUGUGGAGAUUACUACAUUGGUGGACGACGCUUCUCGUCCCUGUCAGACCUCAUUGGUUAUUACAGCUAUGUGUCUUGCCUACUGAAAGGUGAAAAACUGUCGUCCCCAGUAGCUCCCCCUGAGCCAGUGGAGGACCGGCGACGAGUGAGGGCCAUACUUCCAUAUACCAAAGUGCCAGAAACUGACGAAAUCAGUUUUCUAAAAGGAGACAUGUUUAUCGUUCACAAUGAACUGGAAGAUGGUUGGAUGUGGGUGACCAAUGUUCGGACAGAAGAACAAGGCCUUAUCGUAGAUGAUCUUGUGGAGGAGGUGGGUCGUGAAGAGGAUCCCCAUGAGGGAAAAAUCUGGUACCACAGGAAGAUCAGCAAACAAGAGGCCUACAACCUGCUAUUGACAGUUGGUCAGGUCUGCAGUUUUCUCGUCAGGCCCUCAGACAACACACCGGGCGAUUACUCCCUCUUCUUUCGUACCAAUGAGAACAUCCAAAGGUUCAAGAUUAGCCCCACUCCCAACAAUCAGUACAUGAUGGGAGGACGCUACUAUAACAGUGUUGACGAUAUCAUCGAACGUUACCGAAAAGAGCAGAUUGUGGAGGGCUACACCUUGAAAGAUCCUGUCCCAGUCCAGCAAAAAGAGCAAGUUCUCUCCGACUUGGUUGAUGGCAGAGAAAUAUAUAACACUAUUCGACGGAAAACAAAAGAUGCUUUCUACAAAAACAUCGUCAAGAAAGGAUAUCUUCUCUUCAACAAAGGUAAAGGCAAGCGCUGGAAACACUUGUACUUCAUCCUGGAGGGCAACGAUGCUCAUCUCAUUUACUUUGAGAGUGAGAAACGAGCCACCAAACCCAAAGGAUUGAUCGAUCUGAGCGUCUGCUCCGUGUACGGGGUCCAUGACAGUCUGUUUGGCAGGCCAAACUGUUUCCAGAUUGUGGUUCAGCACUUUAGCGAGGAGCAGUACAUUUUCUACUUUGCAGGUGAAACACCUGAACAGGCACAGGACUGGAUGAAAUGCCUUCAGACAUUCUGCAAUAAUCUUCGAAAACCCUUACAGACUACAUACAACAAGCGGUUGCGUCAGGUUAGCAGUUUAGUCCUGUAUGUGGAAGAAGCUCACAAACUUCCCAUCAAACACUUCACCAACCCAUACUGCAUCAUCUCGCUGAACAGCGUGCAGGUGGCCAGGACUCAUCCAAGAGAAGGACAAAACCCAGUGUUCACUGAGGAGUUCAUCUUCGAUGACCUGUCGUGCGACAUCAACAGAUUUGAAAUAAGCUUAAGCAACAAGUCCAAGAAAAGCAAAGAAAGUGACAUCUUGUUCAUGCGUUGCCAGCUGAGCAAGCUGCAGAGGGGCCAGAUGAUCGAUGAGUGGUUUCCUCUGAGCUCCUAUGUGCCGCUGAAGGGAAUUGAGCCCGGCUCUUUGCGUGUAAGAGUGCGAUACUCUAUGGAGAAGAUCAUGCCUGAGGAAGAAUACAGUGAAUUCAAAGAGCUGAUCCUGCAGAGAGACUAUCAUGUGAUCUAUGCAUUGGCGCACGUGUGUGGUCAGGACCGCACUCUGCUGGCCAGCAUUCUGCUACGCAUCUUAAGACACGAGCGAGCGGAAGCCCUGCUGCUGAGGACACUGAACGACAGAGAAAUUAAUAUGGAGGAUGAGGCAACGACGCUGUUUCGUGCCACCACUCUGGCCAGUACAUUGAUGGAGCAGUACAUGAAGGCCACGGCUACACCUUUCGUCCACCACGCUCUUAAAGACACCAUACUGAAGAUUAUGGAGAGCAAGCAGUCCUGUGAGUUGAACCCGUCUAAACUGGAGAAGAACGAGGAUGUUAACCUGAAUCUGGCUCAUUUACUCAACAUCCUGUCAGAGCUAGUGGAGAAGAUAUUCAUGGCUGCUGAGAUCUUGCCUCCGACCCUGAGGUACAUUUAUGGCUGUCUUCAGAAGUCAGUGCAGCAGAAAUGGCCGACCAACACUACAAUGAGGACCCGAGUCGUGAGUGGUUUCGUCUUCCUGAGACUCAUCUGUCCUGCCAUCCUCAGCCCCAGAAUGUUCAACAUCAUCGCUGACCCUCCAUCCUCCACAGCAGGCCGGACACUCACCCUGGUAGCAAAGUCUGUGCAGAACUUGGCCAAUCUGGUGGAGUUUGGUGCCAAGGAGCCCUACAUGGAGGGAGUCAAUCCUUUCAUCAAGAACAACAAACAAAGGAUGAUCAUGUUUCUGGAUGAGCUGGGGAAUGUUCCUGAUCUCCCCGAAUCCACCGAGCACUUUAGGACUGAUCUGUCCCGUGACCUUGCUGCCCUGCACGAGAUCUGUGCUACUCAUUCGGAUGAACUCCGCACCCUCAGCAACGAGAGAGGAGCACAGCAGCACGCGCUGAAGAAGCUGCUGGCCAUCACCGAGCUCCUCCAGCAGAAACAGGUGCAAUAUGCCAUGUCCAACAGCAGCAGGUAGUUCCACCUCCGUCUUUCUGUUUGUCAGUUUGUCUCCGUCUUCAUGGAGUAGCCAAUGGGACCCCCAGCAUGUUCCACCCUCAUCCUCCCCUCAUGUCAGAUCCCAUCCUCCCCAUAUUUCCCAUUCGUCUCAUUGCCUGUGCCACAAGAACUAUGCAAACUACAGCUACGAAACAAAAACGGCUGGACACCAAUGACUUUAUAAUCACGCGCUCGGGUUUGGCGACUCUCAGUAUCAUGGGUACAUAUCAAGCUAGCAGACACCUUCAGGUCUGCAGAAUGAUGGUUGUAAACACAGAUUGCCAAAGUGUAUCUCUUCAUCUGCUUGGUCCGAAACUGAACUGACACAAAGCUGCGACCGUUCUUUCUCUAUAACUGGAUUAUGAGCUAAAUGCUUUUUAUACUGUAAUUUGUUACUGAUUUACAUGGCUAUGAAUAUGCUAAAUGUGCUGAGACUAGUGUCCCCUUUUCCCGCCUGUUCUGUUUACUUCCAAUUGUGCCGUAGACUGGAUUUAGUAUUGUUGUUUUUCUUUUCAUCAUCCUCAGAGAGUAUGAUUUUUAUAUCCGUACAAUAAAUUCUCUUGCUGGAAUCAUGAGUAUAGAAUUUGAGGUAACCGUAUUUGUUUUCCAUAUUGUACAAUAUGUUUGAUUGGUUCGGUCUUCUUCCCUGAGACGAUUUCAAAGCCAAGAUAAGUUCUCAGGAGAAAUGUCGAUGGUAAAAUUGAAAAAGAAAAAAGUUUACAGCAGUAAAAUUGAUUAUAGUAAAGAUUGUACCAGGAAUGCAUGCACUUAUUAAACAUGUUUUAUAAAGUUCUGACUGGCUUAUGUCUCAGAUCAGCUCGUCAAUGCAGCUUUUAAUAAGUAAAUAACAAGAUGGCUGUUGUGCUACUCUGAAAAUAUUCUAGUGUUUGUCUACAUUUUCAGUUCUUGGUUUUGAAUAAAGGACCAUUAUUAUGGUUAUAGACUGCA